UCUCACACUCAUACUCUGCCUUGAUCCUCAAAUUUUCCACUGCUUGUGUCAUGAAAGUGACGAAUUUUUCUUGAGCAAACUUCGAACAUCAGACAUACGUCGUACUCAUCUGCGAUCGUUCUCAAACCUCUCCCAGAGAUCAGCUCGGCUCUGGGGCUGAUUCUGAGUCUGAGCUCUGUAACUGGUCAGCAUCUAACUCCCGGCCAAGAGUCGCCAGUCUCAUGGUAUCGGUUCGAUGACUCCUUACACGCAUCAUUCUCAAUCGGCGAAAUCUCGCCCAUCUUCUGGCUUGGGCAUGACGGCUUCUUCCACCUGGCGGCUCUGCGCGAUGUGAAGUUCCUCCAAGCCUUCGCUCGUUCAGUGUCUUGGUGUCUCAUUCCUGACCCGAAAUGUCGUAGAACAUGACAUUCGCUUUGUUUGAGCGGUCUUUGACCACAAUUUGAAGGAGGCAAGAUUUCCGGAGUCGUUGAAGUUGCUUUCCUGUUUAUCCGAAAAAGUUCUUGUUUUUUGCGUUUAAUCUUCCGCCGAGAGUGUUCCACACUUCCUUGGUCUACAUAGCGUGUCUGUAGCAUACAGUUGACUUGUGUUAAAUAAUUGAGCGCCGCGUUGCAGAAAUCUCGGUUUUGUAAUCGCUUCUUGACUUGUGACGACAAUCAUCCAGGUGCAACCUGGCGUACUAUGGCAGCCACCAGUAGCUUACCCUUGGAUGCCUAUAUCCGCAACCUACCUGGGGUUCCCGUUCACCAGCCGCCUCACCUCGAAGGCGAUUCAACUCUGGCAACAGAAAUCCUACCGGGGCCGCCCUCCUUGCUCUCUGUCCAGCAACAAGCGACCCAGAAACGCGAUCCCAAGAAGCUUGUGUAUUCGUAUCUCCACCCUACGGAUCCAGGUUCAUCUUAUUCUGGCAUCGGACACGGCACUAUCGUUGGGCAGGAGGAGGCUCGUAAUUUGAACGGGAAGCGAAGUGCUGUAACCGGGAGGGCUCAGCGCGCAUCCGCACGAAACCAGAACGGAACUGCUACUGCGUUGAUUGUCGCUGAGCCAACUCAGCCAGAAGCAGGAAGCUCGACGGCCCCCCAGCCGAUAUCAGCCACCUUGGACCUGUCCAUGAUGCCCCCCGAUGACGACCCCUCUUCAUCCCGUUCAACUUCCGCCCCCAAUGUCCCGGAAUCCGAGAGCAGUGGAACGGUCCGACAACUCAAAUCCAAGGGCAAAUCCAAGGGCAAGGGCAAAGCCAAGGACACGAGUCUCUCCGUGCGCGUCAAGGAAGAACCGAAUGGGGAAUUUUUGGACCCGCCAGAGCUGGCAUCCUCACGACAGGUCAACGAAGACCAUUGUUCCUCAUGUCGCUCUCACGGUGCAUUGGUUUACUGCGACGGUUGCCCUCGUGCUUUUCAUCUUUGGUGCCUGAAUCCGCCAAUGCAAAACAUCGACGAGGGCGAUAGUCACUGGUUUUGUCCCGCUUGCGUUAUCCGCAAGCAUCCUCCACGAAGACCUCCACCAGGGCUGUUUUCUCCACUGAUUCACCUCGUCCAGACGACAAUUCCCACCGAGUAUCAGCUUCCUGAAGACAUUCGCACUUUCUUUAAAGAUGUGGGCACAGGUCCGAAGGGAACCUAUGUUGACACCUCUGUCAUCCGCCAGCCUCGUCCAAACCGCUUCGGACUGGUUGACGACCGCGAUGCACAUCGCUUACGCGACAAGAAUGGAGGCCCUGUCUUGUGCUUCAAAUGUAACUCUUCCGCGCUUCCGGUUGACCUCGCUCCGGAAUCAUCCACGGCAAUCCGGUCUCGCCGGUCUCCCACCGGACUGCCUGCCAACGGCGAACUAUGGAAGAGUAUUCUGUCAUGUGACUUUUGCGACCUCCACUGGCAUCUUGAUUGUCUUGACCCACCUUUGCCGGCAAUGCCUCCCAUCAACAAGAAGUGGAUGUGUCCGAACCACUCUGACCGCGUUCUGGCAAGUUCUCAGGCUGUCGUCAAUGUUUAUUGGCAUUCAUCUCUCCUUCAAACACAGCUUCCGAAACUUCGUAUACCCAAGCAAGCCGCGCCCAUAGAAAUAACAAAACCCGGUCAACCCAACAACGGAGUUGUGGACAUCAUCCAUCCUCAGGCAGUCUCCGCUCAAAUUAAGGACGUGCAAGUCGACGAGGUCCUGAUAAACGGACGUCGAUAUCGAGUCCCGGAGCGAAUUGUGGUGUUGGACUUUUGGAAUAAAGUGAGCGGCUUGAAUAGCAAUCCAGAAAGAGAUGGAGAACAAGCUGAAUCUGGACUGUCCUCGCCACUCACCUCACUGAGCUCUCUAGCCGACGCGGACGAGCCUCUCACUCUGGACAACGGCCAUUCCUCCCAUUCUGCCGAUGAUCUGAAAGCUGCGCAAAUGCUCUGCAAUUUUCAGCUAGCGAUCCAUGACCCAUCUUUGGCCCAAAUUGUCCCCCGUGUAUUUCAGCAGACGAGCGCGCCUGUGACGAGUAAGCCAGUGCGGACCGGAGCUCUCAAGCGCACGGCAUCCAAGGCACUUAACGGAGCUUCUCAAGAGGCAGGACCUUCCAAUAUUUCUGCAAAACGAAAACGAGUUGCAAAUGGACUGCAUUCAUCCGUAACACCGACCGCAAAUACGCGGGAAUUGCGUUCUCGCGGGAGGAAGGCAGACUCAGUCGUCAGCAUCUCUUCCAAGGAGUCCAGUCUCGACGACCCAUUUGGGCCGCUAUCUAUUCGUGUCAAAACAGAGACAGAAGAGCACGAGAAUGGCUUUUAUUCUGCCGGGCAGCCGUCUGAGUCACCUGUUUCCAAGCCCUCUUCCCGAGGGCGGACUGUCCGACGAAAAGCGGCCGAUCAAGAGACGCCCAAAGAAACAGUCAAGCCUAGCCGCAAACGUAAGGAGAGGGAGGAGCCAACCGAAGACCACAACCUCGAUGAUGAAACUAGGCCAUCCGAAUCCACGAAAAAGUCCAGGACUGAGAGGCCCCAGGGAUCGAAAGGGAAAGGGAAAGCGAAGGACAAAGGGCAACCCGUAUCUGCGGAACCGACGCCUGUCGUACCCCCGACCACGCCGUCUUUCAAAAUCAGACUACCUCCUCUGAGCGAUAUUGCGCGGACCUCUCCUUCCACCCAGAGAACGGUGCCCAGUGGAUGAACGAUUUGGUUGGAUCCGGCCGUCUUUAUUUCUGUGAUUGUUGCACGUCGAAUAUCCAAUGCAUAUACACCAUCGUUGUCGUGGCAGCCGUAUACAAAAGACAUUGCACGAUACGACAGGUCUCGAGUAACGGAGAAGCCGGAAGAGAUAUUCUGCGCUUUGGAGUUAUGCCCCAUUCCUCUUUUCUCCCUCUUGCAUUGCUAGCACUUCACGACGAUGAUCUGCAUCUCUCCGGGAAUUGACGAUCUGCUUCGCAAGGUAAAAGGUGCCUCCAAAGGCAACGAAAAGCCCCCCAAACGCGCGGAACUGGAGGGUCACCAGUGAACCUAAUAAAUGGGUGGAUGUGCUUGACGAGAAGGACGCACGAUUUUGCUCGGCUUUCGCGUCUCCCGCUUCAUUGCUCCAACUGUCAUGUCGACCUCAACCUCAGCUACUACCAUGGCCGUUGAUGCCAAACCUUUCAAAUUCGACUUGGAUCAGUUCACCACCUCUGCUGUGUCGUCAAUGCCACCAGAGUUGCACCCUUUCAUCGAGAGUUUCCGAACUCUGUACACCAAAAAACUCUGGCACCAAUUGACCCUGAAACUAUUCGCGUUCUUCGAUGUCCCAUCGUCCGGGCCUCAUCGUGUAGCCGUGUUCGAGCAGUUUGUGAGAGAUUUCGAGUCGAGGAUCAACCAGCUCCGACUAGUGGAGAUGGGAGUGAAGGUUUCGAAGGAGAUUGAUAACCCUCAGACGCACUUGACCUUCCUCACAUCUCUCUUGUCGCGCAUCACUUCUGUUCAUUCCAAUAUCAAGUCCGAAGAAGCCCACGUCUUGUUGCUAGCCACGAUCGCGCACGCGAAACUGCUAUAUGGUGAUCUGGAGGGGACGAAAGCAGACAUGGACAAGGCUUGGGCGGUCUUGGACAAGCUAGAAGAUGUCGAAAACGGCGUCAACGCAGCAUACUAUCAAAUCGCUGGAGAUUACUACAAGGCUAAAGCCGAAUACGCUCCGUACUAUCGCAACUCUCUUCUGUUCCUCGCAUGUGUGCCAAAUCUAGAGACGGACAUGUCUCCUGAAGAUAGGUUGUCCCGCGCGCAUGAUUUAGGCAUCUCCGCCUUUCUCGGAGAUACGAUUUACAACUUUGGCGAACUGCUGAUGCAUCCUAUCCUGAAUUCUCUUGAUGGGACACCUCACGAGUGGAUAAAGAGAUUACUUUUCACAUUCAAUGAGGGAAACAUCGGCAAAUUUGAAGCACUGGCACCUCUAUUUCCCAAAGAGCCCAUUCUGCAAGAGAAUUACGCAUUCUUACGCCAAAAAAUCUGCUUAAUGGCACUGAUUGAGAGCGUUUUCAAACGCGCUGCUAACAAACGAACUAUGACUUUUCAAACCAUUGCCGAAGAGACACGGUUACCCAUCGACGAGGUGGAGCAUCUGGUGAUGAAAGCCUUGAGCUUGAAACUCAUUCGAGGAUCCAUUGACCAGGUGGAUCAGAAGGCUCAGAUCACUUGGGUUCAACCGCGCGUUCUUUCGCGGGACCAAAUUGGGACAUUGGCAAAAACUCUCGGAGAGUGGGUUGAUAAAUUGCAGACUGUAGAGCAACGUAUCGCACCGGAGGUCUUGGCCAACGCUUAGAUUGAAAAUAAAAUGAUGUUGUAAUCUGAUCUUAUCAAGCCGCGAUAAGCGCCGAUCCCGAGUCAAGCGAAAAUUUCCCUUCGCCUCUCAACUUUUACAUCGAUGGCACCCUUGACGCACCCCUCAAUCUAUGAUGGAUGGUUCCGGGAGAUCUCGUCGCAAUGGCAGGGUCAGGCUAUGACGCUCAAAGUCAACAAAAUUCUGCAUGUGGAGAAAUCCCUCUACCAGGAUGUCCUCGUUUUCGAGUCUGAGACUUUCGGAAACGUUCUUGUACUCGAUGGUGUCAUUCAGUGCACGGAACGCGAUGAAUUCUCCUACCAGGAAAUGAUCGCCCACAUUCCUUUGGCUAGUCAUCCCAACCCCAAGAAGGUGCUGGUCAUCGGAGGAGGCGAUGGUGGUGUGGUCCGCGAGGCCCUGCGACACCCCCAUGUAGAGCAGGUCGUGCUCUGCGACAUCGAUGAAGCUGUUGUGCGCGUGUCGAAGCAAUUCCUCCCCCACAUGUCUGCUUUGCUCGAGUCUCCUCGGGUCACCGUCCACAUCGGCGACGGUUUCAAGUUCCUGGCGGAGAACGAGGCUACGUACGAUGUCAUCGUAACCGACUCUUCCGACCCAGUCGGGCCUGCGCAGUCGCUCUUCGAGAAGCCUUACUUCCAGCUUCUGCACGACGCACUUGCUCCUGGAGGAAGCAUCUCCACCCAAGGAGAAUGUCUAUGGCUGCACCUUGCUCUGAUCAAAGAGCUCCGCACCAUGACCAAGAGCAUCUUCCCUGUGUCGGAUUAUGCGUUCACCACCAUUCCUACUUAUCCUUCUGGCCAAAUUGGCUUCAUCGUCGCCACCAAGGACGCGUCCCGAGACCUCAGUGUGCCUCUGCGUGAUGUCGAGGGAACACGGUACUACAACCGAGCAGUGCAUAGCGCAGCGUUCGUUUUGCCUGAGUUCGGCCGGUCCGUGCUGCACGAAGACAAGGACGUGAGGCCUGUAUUUGGUCGGGCAGCUAAAACAGCGACUUUCCAGGCCGCGGGCAAGCAGGGCAAAAAAGUUUUGCUACUCGGCAGUGGUUUCGUAGCCCGCCCUUGCGCCGAAUACCUCUCGCGUGAACCUUCGAAUGAAGUCACUGUUGCUUGCCGAACGCUGGCCUCUGCCGAGGCUCUUGCUGAGGGACUUCCUUCAACCUCCGCAAUUUCUCUCGAUGUUUCGGACACAGCUGCUCUCGAAUCGGCUGUCGCUUCUCACGAUCUGGUCAUCUCGCUCAUCCCCUACACUUUCCAUGCCGAUGUCAUCAAAGCCGCCAUCAAAGGCAAAACCCACGUUGUGACUACUUCCUACGUGUCUCCGGCGAUGCGAGAGCUUGAUGCCGCAGCCCGUGCUGCGGGAAUCAUCGUGCUCAACGAGAUCGGUCUCGAUCCUGGCAUCGAUCACCUGUAUGCGGUCAAGACCAUCGAGGAAGUCCACGAGAAGGGCGGCAAGAUCAAGAGCUUCUUGUCCUACUGCGGUGGUCUUCCGGCUCCGGAAACAGCCGAUAACCCACUCGGCUACAAGUUCUCCUGGUCAUCCCGCGGGGUCCUUCUCGCUUUGCUUAACUCGGCCUCUAUUCUGUCAGCCGGGGAGGCAACCAACAUCCCUGGAUCUGAGCUCAUGAGCCACGCCAAGCCUUACUAUAUUUCCCCUGCCUUUGCGUUUGUGGCUUAUCCCAACCGAGACUCGUUGCCGUUCCAGAAGUUCUACAACAUUCCCGAGGCACAGACUGUUAUUCGUGGGACUCUCCGGUACCAGGGGUUCCCGCAGUUCAUCAAGUCUCUGGUGGACCUGAACUGGCUCGACCCUGCGGCCAAGCCAUGGCUGGUGGAGGGAAUCGAGUGGCGUGAAGCGACCAAGUUGGCCAGCGGUGCAAACAGCAACGAUGAGGCGACUCUGGUCGAAAAGGUCAAGCAAGUCUGCCAGUUCCCAUCAGAGUCCGAGGCAGAGCGGAUCAUCUCUGGUCUGCGCUGGAUCGGUCUGUUCUCGGCCGAGAAAGCGACCGUCCGCGCUGGUAACCUGCUCGACACCCUUUGUGCUCGACUGGAGGCACUGAUGAAGUACGAUACCGGUGAGCGGGACCUCGUCAUGCUCCAACACAAGUUCGGUGUUCAGUGGGCCGACGGCACGGAGCAAACCCUGACCUCGACCCUGGAGGCUUACGGAUCUUCGGCUCCCGGCGGCUACUCCGCCAUGGCUCUCCUCGUCGGGCUUCCGUGCGGUAUUGCCACCCAGUUGGUUCUCGAUGGUGUCAUCGGCGCGCCUGGCGUGCAGGCACCUUAUUCGAAGGAAAUGUGUGAGAUCCUCCGCGAGAGGCUGGAAGCCGAGGGCGUUGGCAUGAAGGAGCGCGUCCUCUAAACUGUACUACUACUUGAGAUAUGAAAAUGAAUGUUUGUUUUGUAAUGAUCAGAUAAGAUAACGUACGGGUCUCCGUUCUACCAUCAUGUCCGAUGAAACCCUCAAUGCUCUUGUUGCUGAAUGGUUGCGACUUGAUCAAAAUGAAACAACGAAAGAAGAGGUCCGAAUGUUAUCCCAGAGUGGAAACACAGACGCUCUUGAGCAGUGCAUGCGGACAAGAAUAGAAUUUGGGACCGCUGGGCUAAGAGGGCGGAUGGCUGCUGGGUGGGCGUGCAUGAAUGACCUGAUUGUGAUCCAGGCUUCCCAGGGUUUAUGCGCGUACGUCUCCCAGAAAGUGGCGAACGCGGCUUCGCGCGGGAUUGUCAUCGGGCACGACCAUCGAUACAACUCUGAGCGCUGGGCCCACCUGACUGCUUCGGUGUUCAUUAAUAAAGGAUUCAAGGCCUAUCUGCACCGUGGUUUAGCGCACACCCCUUUAGUCCCGUUCAGUGUCCAUGCAUUGGGCGCGGCUUGCGGUGUCAUGAUCACGGCCAGCCACAACCCCAAGGAUGACAACGGAUACAAAGUCUACUGGGAGAACGCAGUUCAGAUCAUCGGCCCGCAUGAUGUGGGAAUCUCGGCCGCGAUCCAAGCUAACCUGACGCCCCUCACUUGGAAAGACGAAUCGCUCUUGUCAUCGGAUCUCUGCCUCGACCGCACGGAGGAGAUGAAAAACGGGUAUUUCGAGGCGUUGUCCGCCUUGAAUCAUACGAGGUCGUUGAACGAACAGCUGCGAACGAAAUUCGUGAACACAUCGAUGCAUGGUGUCAGCGACGCAUUUGUCUCGAGGGCUUUCCAGCAGUUCGGGUUCGGGCUGUAUAUUCCCGUGGCGGAGCAGCAACGGCCUGACCCCGAGUUUCCGACUGUGGCAUUUCCCAAUCCGGAAGAGAAAGGUCGGUCUGAACCUUGCAUUAAAGACUGCUGAAAGCCAUGGCGCGACCUAUGUUCUUUCGCAGGAUCCCGACUCGGACCGUUUUUGUGCUGCAGAAAGAGGUUCGGACGAAAAAUGGUGCGUUUUCACGGGCGACCAGCUAGGAACGAUUUUCGCCUCGCGAGUGUUAGAGCAGUACAAAGCUGCGGGCAAGCCAGUAGACAGACUCGCGAUGGUCGCAUCGACAGUCAGCUCAAAGAUGAUCGAGGCGAUGGCGGAAAAAGACGGAUUCAAAUUUGUGGAGUGUCUUACGGGGUUCAAAUUCAUCGGCAACACAGCGCUGAAUUUGGUCGCCGAGGGAUUUGAUGUUCCGUUCGGGUACGAGGAAGCGAUCGGUUACAUGUUCGAUUCACAGGUACGAGACAAAGAUGGUGUGGCUGCCACCGUGAUGUUUGCAGAGCUUGUGGCCUCUCUCGCGAGCCAGGGCGCGACUGUCAAAUCAUAUCUGGACGGCCUGUAUCAGCGUUAUGGAUAUUUUCAGACGAGCAACAGUUAUUUCAUCUGCAAAAACCCCAAGACCAUCGACAGCAUCUUUUGGCGUCUGCGACAUUUCACCAGCGAGCCGUCUGGACCUGAAAGCGCAAAGCCAUCAUAUCCCACGGCUAUUACCGGCAUGGCUAUCACUCGUAUCGUUGACCUGACCACUGGAUACACUUUCCCGUCUGACUUCAAGUCUUCCUUGCCAGUGUCAUCUGGUCACAUGAUUCAGUUCAGGGCAGGUUCAAAAGCAACCAAUCAGCUCGUUAUCACAAUCCGAACGAGUGGGACGGAACCCAAGAUCAAAUACUACAUCGAAGCGAGUGGUCAAGA